AUGGCUGUCCCAGACAUUUCCUCUCUUAAAUUAGAUGACCCGGGCCCUAACAAUGCUCUACACGAUCCCGCGAUGCCUUACGACAUCCUUCACGCGACUGAUCGCUAUACAGCGAAGUUAAAGGCAUAUGCUGAAUCAUUGCCAUACUCCAUUGAACCAAACUCUAAGAUGCAGCAGCUGCUGGACUUUUUCCUUCUGCGGAUCUCUCAGUGUCUUGAAGCACGGGACUAUGAACCUGGUCUAAUUCAGUGGGAUAGUAUGCUCAGCUACUGGGCUAUGAUGAAAUACCCAGUUCCCAAGGACAAGCGUAUCCGCUUGGUCAAACUAUACUAUCAUGUGGCUACUACACCGGGGAUGUCAUCUCAGACGAUGGCUGUUUGUGCAGAUGGACUAGCCAACCUCACACGUUCCAAGAAGAAGCUGUCUAUCGAAGAUAUGAGGCUCCCCUGGAAACCCAUCUUCAACAUCCUUAGUAAAGACCUAUUUCUAUCAAGACGGCAGUUUGAGUAUAGUCAACUGUCAUGGAUCAUGGGAUAUGUCGCCAGCAAUUCUCGAAGAUUCUUUCAUCCCGCUGCCAUUGACGAAAUGUUAAACACAUUCCUUCCACGCAUCAACGGCACAGAUCUAGACAGCCUCCUUUCCUCACAAUACUAUUUGCUGACAUUCUUACCGCUGAGCCACCCUCAAUCGUAUCUCCCAAUGCUAUGCCGCUUAUGGGAGUCUCUGAACUCUUAUUUAUAUGAUGAGAGGAUGUUGCAGUUCCUUUCCCGCCUCUCAGAGUUACACGUAGAUCCAACUGUCAGUGAUCCCAAGAAAAUCGAAGAAAUUCCGGAUGAUGAGAAGUCUGAUGACGAAGAACGACCGAAGUGGAAUCGUGACGACCUCGACGACAGUGCACCUUGGUCUGGCAUCUACAAGGAUGUUGGCAUAUUCUCUGAGCACGAGUGGCAUUUUAUUAUGUGCAAAUGUCUUGCGUCGAUGGAAAUACCGUUAAAAGAUGCCGGGUCUCUGACGACCGGUCCGUCCGCCGAUACAGCUUCUAGUUUCGAGAUCAAACGCUUGCCUAAGCCUGCUUGGCGAAUUCCGUCACUUGCGAAAAUCAUUGUAUACUCCAUGUCUCAGGAUGGGACUCCGAGUCCUGGUUCAACUGCCCCCACACCUGUUUUCACACCGGCGGGCUCUGGAACAAGCACACCAGCCCUGACAGCAGGCAGUGGCGUGGGUGAAUAUUUGACCAUACCUCUAAACAGGUGGGGUCAUUCCAAGGGUCCGACGUACCUUGCUGGCUCGAAAGCCCUUGAUUCUUUGGCUCGCCUCAUAGCCUCCACUGAACAUUUCUUUCAUCCGACAAAUUCUGGUGGGUGGACGACUGACCUUACGGCUUUCGUCAAGUUCAUCGUCUAUGAAUUCAAUAAGAGGUGGCAUGAGGAACAGCAACAAGACUGUAAGACCCCUAUGGCACGCAGGCUAACAGCGCACAUGAAGCGUGAACUGGUCAAGUCGCUCCGUACAGUCAUGCUGCUGUCCAUGUUUUCGCAAGACUCUUCUACCGUGUCAAACGUUCAAAGCGCUCUGAAAUCUAUGUCAUACAUGGAACCUGCUUUGAUCUUGCAGCCCAUUUUAGAGCGAGCCAUCCCUUCCCUGGAGGCCCUGGUUGAGACCCACAGGACACUGGCCGUCAUCAAAGCCUUGAGUGCAAUCGCACCCGCCAUUGUUUCCAGGGAUGUGUACUAUCCCGGCGCCAAGCACCUCAUUACCAUACUGCAACUACUCAUCCCUGGAAUUGAUCUAAACGACCCCACUAAAACAUUGUGCACAACAUCAUUUCUCUCUGAAGUAGCUCAGUAUAUUGCCAUCGGGGACAUCUCACAAGCCGGGGACCAAACGUCAAGACCAGAGUCUCCUGCUACACCGCAAUUCGAUGUUACAAAUGGCUACAUGUCACUGGACGGCUUGGAAGACCUCAUGCUUCCUGAGCUCCCAAGGAAAGAGGAGGAUGCUAUUUUGAGGGAAACCACCGGCAGCUUUGCGAAUUGGAUAGAGAGCUUUAUCCAUCGUAUUAUACAGCUUCUGGAAAACUUACCCGAAGAAGGUGCAAAUGGCAAUGCCGGAGGAGCUAGCGAAGUUCAGGUCAUUGAUGCCGUCACGGGCGCUUGCAGCCAAAUUUGCGUCCACCUGUCAGACGCUCUCUUCAACCAGGUUUUAGACCUAAUUUAUGACUACGCCAGCAACAACGUUCGCUCCAACGCCGUUCGGGCUAUACAUCAGCUAGUCGAAUGUGUUGCGAAUGCAAAUCCUGAGAAAACACUCGACAGAUUCUUUCCCAUGUGCGUCAAAAACAUUCGGACAGAAAUUGAGCACGGUGCCAGCUCGGUGAGGACGACCGCUGCAUUCUCGCCGAUUCCCUCAGAUGCGACACUUCACUGGAACUUGGCCAUCCUCCGUGGCUCCGUCUAUAAGUGCCUUCUAAAGUAUAAGGAUGAAUUUUUGUCAUUGUUCCAACUUCUGCGUAACAAGACAUAUUCGAAGCGUGGAUAUUCGUGGAGCGGUAAACUCCUCUCCAGUGCUCUUAUCACGCUCACGCACACGUACCCCAUCGAGAACAAAUUCGUUAAUCCUGAUGAGUGGAAGAGUGACGAGUUCCAGCGAAACCAUCAUAAGUACUGGGGAAAGAUGUACCGUACAGAAGACCUCAAGAUGUCAUGGCAUGUUCCGUGCAAGGAGGAAUUGGACUUCGCUUUGCAGCUCUUCAAAGAACUCAUAGAGCCAAAUCUGACAAUUCUUGAUGAAUUGCUGGAGAGCAGUAACCGUUUGUGCUUUGUGACUGAGGCAUUCGCGGGUAUACCGACACUGUGCAAGGAGUAUGUUUCUGCGGAAGCACUCCACUCAAUGGCAGAAACCAGCGAUAUUCGAAAUGAGCUUCCAGAAAUGAUCGCUUCAGUCGAGUCACUAUCAGCCGGCUUUUGUCUUACAGAUCCGAACGACGAGCGGUACAUCUAUGUCAGAACUUUGCGGCACCGGUUCGGUUCGCUACUGCACAAUGCAUCUGUUUCUCUACAGAAACAAGGAGAAGAGAACACCGUAGAUGCCGUCCAAAUGCUGAUGAGUGCCAUUCGGACUUACCUACUUGACUAUGGUGAUAGCAAGGAUAGCUAUUUCGUUAAUUCGGAGCAGUAUUCCUCCGAGCUCAAUGUCGCUCGCCUAUAUGCUGGACAGAAAGUUUGGCCAAGGCCAGUACUUGUACGACGCGCACGUUUCUAUCACUCCACGCGGCUCUAUUGGAACUCUGUGGAGCGUUUGCGGGGGCCCUUAGAAAACACGCUCAUAGAUGACGUUGUUGAAUGGUCACUCUGGCAUUAUCCAACAGAUCCAUUUUACGAUGGCCUGAGAUCGAGGGCCCUACCAGUGCUCUACCAGGCUCUACAGCCAGGUACAGACGAUGGUCGCAUGAAGGGCGCAUUGUAUACACUGCAAUAUGCCUCCCUUGAUCCUACCACUGCAACGGAGUACAUCCAGCAUAUACUUAAUUGCCACCACAACGAAAAGACGUCAGUGCAGAAUGUUGUGUCGACUGUGGCCGAAUCUAGUCUCGAAAGCUUUUUGGAGCCUUCCUUCCUUGUUUACGAUGUGGAGAACCCUUCUCUGGAUGCGGCAUUGAAGGAGCUGAAGAGAUCCCUGAAACUCACAUCUGCAGACGUUGAACUUACUAACCGAGUUUGCGAGCAACGCAUCGCUCGUAUCAAGGCAUACAACGAAGCGAUUGAGUCCACAAGAGAUCUGGUAUUGGAGGUCGCUGAUGACAACAAAACUCACUGGCGUUAUGCGAUAUAUGCGAUCCGGGUUCUUCGUAGUCUCAUUAGACGCGAUAAGCCCACAUCCUCGUCUCAUCUACAACUCUUCAUGAAAAUGGCGCUCGACAGUAACCCUUCCAUGUAUGCGCACCGUGGCUUGAUGAAAAUGAUGCGCUACAUCAAGCAUCGGACUUACAGCAAAAGCCCCGGUGCUCUAACCUUGGCAGACAUUGACAACCCCCUCAAACUCCAGAUUACUGUCAAGCCCAUUCAUGAGCUCACAGCGGAUAUCUUAUCGAGCUAUCGUUCAAAGGCUGUAGUGAAACAGCUGUCCCCCAAACAAGUGUACUAUGAUGAAACUCCCCAAGGAUGGCUCGCGUGGAGAACCGCAACCGUAUACACCCGUCCUUCAGUUGAUCUCGAUACGUUCGCAUGGGAGGAGGGUAGCCAGGAAGCCAUCCAAUGUACUAAAGAUUCAGUCCUUCAUGAGGACUUCUGGAAAAAGCUCUCCACGCACUUCUCUGAGGAGAACCACGAGUCUGUUGUGGUCCAGGAUCACAUUUCACUUGUCAAGUCAAUAUUCCAGCUAUUAACCGAUCAACCAUACGAGCUUCUCAAGCCUAUUGUUGAAGAACUACUGGAAGACAACGACAAGAACAAGCAACGGGCGGCGGCAGAGUUUGUCGCCGGACUUCUAAAUGGAUCUAAACAUUGGAGGAUGGAAGCGCAAGAUCAGGUAUGGGAGUGGAUAACACCUCACUUGAAAAAAGUUCUCGUUCCAUUCAUGAAAUCCGAACUUCUACCCAUAUGGACUUCGUUUUUGGAUUAUAUCUUCUACCACAAAGAUCCACGUCGUUUCCAACCCAUUGUGGACCAUGUAGUCACCCAGUUCUUCAACAUGGAUUACAACAGCCAAUCAUCAUAUGACUCGGUGAAAGUGCUGGCUCUUUUCAGGUCCUUUUAUUCCGAAGCGGGUUGGAAGUUCACGGAUUGGUCUGAGUCCGUACUCGAGCGGUUUUGGCCUGAAAUUCAUAGCGAACAUGAGGACGUUCGUGCUUACGUUGCAGAGUUAAUGGCUUUCACUGGACGACUGAAGUGGGCGCCUGCACCUUCAAUCCCCACUGCCGAAGCAUUUGUAGUGGAAAGUCGGACGACGCCCCUCGAUUACGAUUUGAUGGGCAUUCGGGGAACCUAUCACUCCUCUCGCGUUCAUGAACUCGCCGAGAAAUUCAACGAAUGGCGAGAUGAACGCAUUCCUGGGGUUCGGGCUUUCCAGUCCACCUACGAUAGGGUAGGAAUAUUGGUCUGCAGGUGGCUUUUCCAGUCCAUCCACGACAUUCAAGCUGUCUCCACAUUUGAUUAUAUUUUGCCGCUCAUGCCCGAGCUAUUCCGCUUCACCGAAGUAAACGACAAUGACGAGCUUGCACGUCGUGCCAAUGUGCUCCUAGUCCGCAUGUGUGGAGUUAUGCCGCCUCAUGCUCUUGUAAAUCCUCUUCUAGAGGCUAUCUUUAUGGCCAUCCAGACAUCGCCAUCCUGGAAAGUUCGGCUGAAAGUACUGCCAAUCUUACAAGUCUUCUACUUCCGACAGCUUCCGGUCAUCUCCGAGGCCAAAGUGGUUCAAAUCCUCGAUGUACUCUGCAAAUGUCUGGACGAUGAAGUCGUCGAAGUCCGGGAAAUGGUAGGAACGACGUUGUCUGGGAUCCUUCGACUUUCCCCUCGGCGUAGUGUUCUCACUCUCAAGGACCGCUUCGUGAAAUUGUCUCAGAAGAGCUUGAUUCCUCCCCGCACCUCUGCCACAUACAGUCAGGCCAUCCGUCAACGACAUGCAGCCAUUAUUGGAAUCUGCGCGCUCAUAGACAGCUACCCAUACACCAUCGAAAAGUGGAUGCCGGAGUUACUCACAACGGUCAUGCUGGAGCACACACAUGAUCCAAUUCCUAUCUCAACUACUAUUCAUAAAUGUGCCAGUAAUUUCAGGAAGACCCAUCAGGAUACCUGGCACGAAGACUCGAAACGGUUCACAGAUGAUCAACUCGCAGCAUUAUCAACGUUGUUGACAGGCUCAUCUUAUUCUUCUAAUCUAAUGCAUAUAAGGAAGGAAGGCAUCUAG